GCCCACUCGCCCCGCCAUGGCGGACAGCGCGAGCGAGAGCGACACCGACGCGGCGGGCGGCGGCCCGGCAGCCAUGCCGUCGUCCUGCUCGGCGACCUCGGGCGGCGGCGGCGGGGGCGGCGGCGGGAAGUCGGGGGGCAUUGUCAUCUCGCCGUUCCGCCUGGAGGAGCUCACCAACCGCCUGGCCUCGCUGCAGCAGGAGAACAAGGUGCUCAAGAUCGAGCUGGAGACCUACAAACUCAAGUGCAAGGCGCUGCAGGAGGAGAACCGCGACCUGCGCAAAGCCAGCGUGACCAUCCAAGCGCGGGCUGAGCAGGAAGAAGAAUUCAUCAGCAACACUUUAUUCAAGAAAAUCCAGGCCUUGCAGAAGGAGAAAGAGACCCUCGCUGUGAAUUAUGAGAAGGAGGAGGAAUUUCUCACCAAUGAACUCUCACGGAAACUCAUGCAGCUGCAGCAUGAGAAGGCAGAGCUGGAGCAGCAUCUGGAGCAGGAACAGGAGUUUCAGGUCAACAAGCUGAUGAAGAAGAUUAAGAAGCUGGAGAAUGACACCAUCUCCAAGCAACUCACUUUAGAGCAGUUGAGACGGGAGAAGAUUGACCUGGAAAACACACUGGAGCAAGAACAAGAGGCACUGGUGAAUCGGCUGUGGAAGAGGAUGGAUAAGCUGGAAGCUGAAAAGAGAAUCCUGCAGGAGAAAUUAGACCAGCCCGUGUCUGCCCCGCCAUCGCCUAGAGACAUCUCCAUGGAGAUCGAUUCUCCUGAGAACAUGAUGAGGCAUAUCAGGUUUUUAAAGAACGAAGUGGAGCGGCUGAAGAAGCAGCUGCGAGCCGCCCAGCUACAGCAUUCGGAGAAGAUGGCCCAGUACCUGGAGGAGGAGCGACACAUGCGGGAAGAGAACCUGAGGCUGCAGCGGAAGCUCCAGAGGGAGAUGGAGAGGAGGGAAGCGCUGUGCCGCCAGCUCUCCGAGAGCGAAUCCAGCCUGGAGAUGGAUGAUGAGAGGUAUUUUAAUGAGAUGUCUGCGCAAGGAUUAAGACCUCGCACUGUGUCCAGCCCAAUCCCUUACACGCCUUCUCCCAGUUCAAGCAGGCCUAUAUCACCCGGUCUUUCGUAUGCAAGUCACACGGUCGGUUUCACGCCGCCGACCUCACUGACUCGAGCUGGAAUGUCCUACUACAACUCUCCAGGCCUCCACGUCCAGCACAUGGCGCCCUCCCAUGGCAUCACAAGGCCAUCACCACGGAGAAGCAGCAGCCCUGACAAGUUUAAACGGCCCACGCCGCCUCCGUCUCCCAACACACAGAGCCCGGUGCAGCCGCCUCCGCCGCCACCUCCGCCCCCCAUGCAGCCCGCGGUCCCCUCGGCAGCCACCACGCAGCCUGCCGCGUCGUCGCAGCCGCAGUUGCCGCAUCCGGUGCACCCCUCCUCCCAGCCUUAAUGCAUGAGCUUAGUCAGAAUGUCAAGUGGGGACUCUUCUGAUGGAGCCGCCUUCUCAAUGCCAAAGGCUUCCUUCCUGGCAUAUUCGGAUCUGAUGCAUUUGCACUGAGGUUAUCUAGCUUCCCUCCUCGUUGUGUUGUGAAUGUCCGUCGGAAACGCAGCAGGUGUUGCGCGUCCGCAACACUAACCAGACGACUUUUUCCAUCGGUGUUUUACUUGAAUCUCCGUGUCCAUCAUUCCCUGGCUGGAACAUUGCUAUCUGGUAUUUGGUAAUAAGCAGCCGUGUGCAAACCCUUACCCUCCGGGCCCCAGGGCUUCUUUUUCUUGGCUUUUAGGUUUGUAAAAUAGGAAGGGAGAUUUUUUUUUUUUAUAUAUAUAUAUUUUUCUCUGUGAAUUUGCAGGAAAUCACUGAGCUGUUGGUAACCCUUCUUCUCCAGGUCACAGUGAAGUUUACCAAACAUACCAAGAGUUCGUCACUACAGUUUAGACCUUUGCGAGCCUAACUCAGUGUAGGGUUGGAGGUUAGAUGAAUCGAUGCCCACAAAGAUACCUAGUCUAGAGCUUUCUACAGACACACUUUUUACAGAUUGUUUUUUUAUGUAAAUUGACCGCCGUGUCUCUUGUAAAACAGCCUACAGAAACAAAUCACACAGCUGUAUCUUCGCCAUGUGUGUGGGAUGGGAAUCAUUGCCUACUAAGAUGUGAUUUUUUUUUUUUUCCUUUCUCUUUAGUGUUAACCCACCUAAGUCAGUCCCCUCUGACACGAGCGGAUAGAUGCCUUCCUACCAGUGGUCUCUGGGGCUGCCUCGAAUGUGGUCGUAGAUCUCUGCUGCAAGGCCCGUGAGAUUGUAACAGCGAGUGUGGCUGCCCCUUCCAUUCUUUUGUGUUGUCCCAAGACAGAGGGUGGAUGAGUAUUUUCCAGAAGCAAAUCGCUGCUGGGAAACACUGGACGUGGCUGACACCCUAGCAUGGUGGCCGGGGGAGCACUUGGCAGAAAAGGGUAGAGCAGAGGAGCUCCCUGGCCUUGAUGGCUGCUUGCUUUGCCCAUCAAAGGCAAGGUUCUGGACACGACUGCCAUCCGUUCAGCACAAAUAAAUCCUUGAGGUUCGCGUUGGGAGGAACAC